AUGGAACACACAACUACUGCUCAGCAGCAAUUUGAAAAUUCAUAUUCUUCCAUUGCCGUUGCUUUAAAGGUGAAAAGGGCUCAUCCUUUGCAGGUUUGGGCAGCUAGUUUUGCUAUUGCUAUACUGAAGCAACAAGGUUUGGGUAGCUGGCUUUCCAACAGCUGGUUUUCCAACAAGAUAUUUGAGAAGAACCCUACUGAGUUCAAGAAUUAUGGUAUAAGGCUCCGCUACCAAAGCCAUACUGGUUAUCUUAACAUGUACAUGGAAUACCGUGACACUAUUCUAAACGGAGUUGUUGAACAGAAGUAUACUGAGAUGGCUUCUCGCCACAGAGUCUGGUUCCCAUGUAUCCAGAUUAUCAAGACUGCAACUAUGCAAGAGAGAUAG